AUGAUAUUAUUGGUGGUAUUCUUGUACAGGAGAUUGAUGAAUAGUGAGGUGGGUACUAAAGUUGAAGAUGAUGUGAUGAUACAACACAAAGGCAAUUGGAUUGAAGCAAAUCAAUAUGCAGAUUUUGAAGUUAUUGGUGUCAUGAUUCCUCAAAAUUCUACAUAUUUGGAUCUUCUACAUAUAAUAGCACAAGAAAUACAAGUAAAUUUGGAAAAACAGAAUAUUGAGAUAAAAUAUCAAGUAAAGAUUCAGUAUCCACCACUCAAAAUCAGUGAUGAUUCAAGCUUCAGAUUUUACUUAGAAAUCAAGAAAAAGGAAAUCGAUUUCACUAUGUAUCCUCUCUGCAUAGUAGUUAUCAGUGAUACUAGCCAGAUACAGACAAUUCUUCCAGAUGCAGCAGCAAGUAUUUCAACAGCUAUUUCAGAAUCAAACAGAGACCAAGAUACCAUAUCGAUACACGAUAGAUACAUGUUUGAUACAUUCGACGAAAUAGGUCAGUAUACAAAACUUCUUGCAAUUGAUACAAUAGACUGUAACGAUGAUCAAAAUCAAGAAUCAGUAUCAGAUCCACUACAAGAUAUAGAUCUGACAGUUGGAAAAACUUUCAAAGAUAAAGCUACUCUUCAAGCAUGCUUACGACUUCAUGCAAUCAAUAAUCACUACCAACAAAAGACAGUUAAAUCAUGCCAAAAGAACAUUUUUGUAAAAUGUAUCGAUGAUACAUGUCAAUGGUAUCUGAAAGCGUCAAUUAAUGUUCACACAAAACAGUUCAUCAUUCGUAAACAAGACAUGAACCACACAUGCCCGAUAGAGACCAGAUUCAGCAAUCAAAAACAAGCAUCAGCAUCACACAUAGCGGCAUCCAUCAAAAUGAAGUAUCUCAAUGUCAAAGCAGCAUACACACCAGUAGAUAUAAGGAAUGAUAUGCAGACUUUACAUGGAGUCAAGAUCAGUUAUAUGAUGGCUUGGAGAUCAAGAGAAUUGGCAUUUGAAAUGUUAAGAGGAAAGCCUUGUGAAUCUUACAAAUCGCUGCCUACUUUUUUAUAUAUGCUUGGAACUAGAAACCCGGGAUCUAGCAUAGACAUACAAUUGAGAGAUGACAGCACAUUUUUGUAUGUAUUUACAGCAUUAAAAGCUUCAAUUACAGGAUGGCAGUAUUGCAAACCAAUAAUUGUAGUUGAUGCUACAUUCUUGAAGGCAACAUUUGGUGGCACACUUCUUGUUGCAACAGCUCAAGAUGCAGCUGGAAAGCUGUUUCCUCUAGCAUUUUCUGCUGUGGAUUCAGAAAAUGAUGACUCAUGGCAUUAUUUCUUCACUAAAAUAAAACAGGCCUUUGGAACAAGAGAAGGUAUCUGCAUUGUAUCAGAUAGACAUCUCAGCAUAGAGUCAGCUAUUAAAAGGAUUUAUCCUGAAGCUACUCAUGGCGUAUGCAUGUUUCACCUUCUCAAUAACCUCAAGACAAAUUUCAAGAGAAAUGCCAAGAAACUUAAAGAACCUUUCUUUGCAGCAGCAAGAGCAUACACUGAGGUUGAAUUUGACUACCACAUGAAAGUGUUGGACAGCUUAGAUGCUCGAGUAAGACCAUUUCUUCAGCAAAUCAAAUAUGAAAGGUGGUCAAGGGUACAUUCUCUCAAAAACAGGUAUAAAACUAUGACAUCUAAUUUAGCUGAAUCAUUAAACGCAGCAAUAUUACAUGCAAGAGAACUGCCGAUCACAGCCUUAUUUAUGCACCUACAUGACCUCCAACAAGAGUACUCAUACAAACACAGAAAAAUUGCUAUCGAUACAGUCACAACACUUUCAACCAUCCAUGAAGAUAUACUUCUGCAAAAUUACAUUAAUUCACUGAAACUACAGGUGAAACCAUCUUCAGAUGAUAUCAUAACAGUUCUCGAGAAUGGUAAAAAGUACACAGUCAACAUGGUCGAGAGAACAUGUACAUGCAAAAAGUUUGAUAUCGAUGAAAUUCCUUGUAAACAUGCCAUAGCAUUUCUAGCCGACAAGAAGAUUGAACCUUAUGCGUACUGCUCAAGAUACUAUACAAAUGCAGCUAUGUUAGCGACAUAUUCUGAAACUGUAUAUCCAUUGGAGAAGGAAGAAGAAUGGAUUAUUCCAGAACAUAUCAAGAACAUGAUUGUCAAACCACCCCAACAUAGAACACGAACUGGAAGGCCUAAAAAGGGUAGGUACCAGUCAAAGUGGGGAAAUCCGAAAAACGAUCCAAAUCAAGGGCAAUGUGGAAAAUGCGGACACGCUGGACAUAAUAGGAAGACAUGCCGAAACAAGCCAAAAGAUACCUAG